AUGGCGAAGAGAAAACGGUCCUCUGUUGCCAACGGAGAUGCUGCCCGCUUGCUCCCCUCAGAAACUACCAAAGAAUCGGUUCCGGCAAGUAGCAGAUCGCGGGUAGCUCGAGGCAAAGCUCAGGUGCCAAAUGCAGGAUCAAUCAAAUCGGGCGACAGUGCGGCCGUCCUUGAUAGCAAAGACGCUGUCAUGGCUUCAACAUCUACCGCGGACGGCGUUCCACUGAAAGCAAAAACAGCUGUGCGGACUCGAAAGAUGAGUUCUGACUUGUCCGACGAAUUACAAGCAGAGCACUUGACCAAUGGCGAGGCCAGUCAGAAUGUAGCUCAAUUGAACAAGGCCAAGUCGACGCAAAGCCUGAACGGCUUUAAGAAAGAGCGUGAUGCUGCGGACCGAUCAUUUGAUCCUGAUGAUGGGGGCGGUAACGAAGAAGAAGCCGACGAGGAAGACGUCAAAGCUGCGCUCGGGAGACCUCCUCCUGUGAACAGUAGCUAUCUUCCGCUUCCUUGGAAAGGUCGACUUGGCUAUGCUUGUCUGUGUACUUAUCUCCGAUUCAGUAAUCCAGCCGUGUUUAGCUCUCGUACGUGUCGCAUUGCGUCUAUUUUGGAACAUCGGCAUCCUCUCAAAGAUCCAAGCCAGCCGGAACACCCAACCAAAAAUAGACCGGAUAAAGACCAGCCUGCAGAUAUCGCUCGAGGUCAGGCCUGGGUUGAGUCGCUUGCACUAGCAAAUGUGCGAGACACUAUCAAAAUGAUCAAGUGGAAUGACAAAUACGGCAUCAAAUUUAUGAGGUUGAGUAGCGAAAUGUUUCCAUUUGCCAGCCACGAGGAGUACGGAUAUAAGCUCGAGCCUUUUGCUGCAGAGACUCUCGGGGAGCUUGGAAAAGUGGUAGCACAACUGGGACAUCGUGUAACAACGCAUCCCGGUCAGUACACUCAAUUGGGGUCUCCGCGGCCCGAGGUCAUUCGAAAUGCCAUUCGAGAUCUGGAGUAUCAUGCAGAAAUGCUGAGCUUGCUUAAGCUUCCACCUCAGCAAGAUCGAGACGCGGUCAUGAUCCUCCACAUGGGCGGGGUUUAUGGGGACAAGGAGGCAUCCUUGGAAAGAUUUCGGAAGAAUUACAAAGGCUUGUCUCAAAAUAUCAAAAACCGGCUAGUCCUCGAGAAUGACGAUGUGAGCUGGUCGGUCCAUGACCUGUUGCCAAUUUGCAACGAGUUAAAUAUUCCGCUCGUCCUAGAUUAUCAUCAUCACAAUAUUAUGUUCGACGCGGACAAGGUUCGCGAAGGAACGUUGGAUAUCAUGGGGCUCUACGACGAUAUCAAGCAGACCUGGAUGCGAAAAGGCAUGACUCAGAAGAUGCACUACUCCGAGCCUACAGUUGAGGCAAUCACCCCCCGCCAACGGAGGAAACACAGGCCAAGAGUGACUACUUUACCGCCCUGCGACCCGACUAUGGACCUGAUGAUAGAGGCUAAGGACAAGGAGCAAGCAGUCUUCGAGCUGAUGCGGACGUAUAGGCUUCCUGGCUGGGAUCUGUUCAACGACAUUGUUCCGCAUGUUCGUCAGGACGAGAACAAACCACCAAAACCUGCCAAAAAGAAAGCCUCGCCAAAGAAGAAGGGCCGGGUCAAGGUCGAAGGAGCUCAAGCAGAUGAAGAUCUUGAAGCCGUAGCUGAGCAGCUCGAGGAUGAAGAGGCCGCCAGUCAUCCUAGAUUGAUACCCGAAGAAGAAGUCGGUAUGGGUGGGCCAGAGCGAAGAGUGUAUUGGCCUCCUGGAAUGGAGGACUGGUUAAGACCUCCCAAGAGAGUCACGAAAAAGAAAGACACGAAGGACGAAGGUGACACGCCAAAGGCUACACCAGCGAAAAAGCGGAAGAACACUAAAGAAGAGCCGCAGCCUAGUCCAGCUGGUCAGCUGAAGAAGCCGGGUCGCGCCAGGGGCAAACGAUCAAAGGCUACACCGACUCCUCCCAUGUCGGAAGAUGAGAGCGAUUCGGGAUUGUCAGUUCCUCUUGACGACAAUGAUGAUGGUGAUCAUGAUGCGGAAGUUGCCACACGCAGCGAAAGUGUCAGCAUUCCAAGCAGAAGAAGUGGACGCGCAAAGAGAAUCAGUUAUGCAGAGGAUGCGGAUUGA